UACAUCAGUGAACGGUGGGUGUUAGUUGAGUGAGGUAAAGGGUGAUGGCGGUUAUGAUGAUGUUGUUGUUGUUGUCGGUGCAGUGAAGGCGUAGAGAAGAGAAGAGAAGAGAAGAGAAGGCUCACUGCCAAGCGGUACGUAGUAGUACUUAGCUCUAAAGUAUAAAUAUAUAUUCUUAUGGAUGAGUUUGUGCGGAUCGCCCUAAUGGCAGGACAUUAGGUCAGUAUGAAUCUUGACUUGCUCCCAGUGUUGCCGUGAUUUCAAGUACGGGUUUCUCUCUGUGGACUUCGGGGACAAGUGUGACCUGUGAACUUAUAAACCUUAAAAGUAAAUCGAUUAUAAGGACAGGAAACUUUUAAAUGGCGUAUUUUUUGACUAUGUGAAAUUGAAAAGUGCAAUAAGUUUAGCGGAAUCAGACUGAAGCAAAGAAAAGCUAUUGUCGAGUUUAAUCUGAAUGAACGACAUUGUUAGCGCUAGGCCUAGCGCGCGCGUUCUCUGCAGAUAUUCCGUGAAUUGCAAAUGACAGGAAACCGGACACCAACAACAGCAACUUGGGUCUCGGUCAACUCUCAUUGGCUCUCCUCAAUUGGUGGCACCAGGCAUUGCCAAAAUGUCGAGCCCUACAGUUGGUGUCCUUGCAAUGAACCACUUGGGCCCUCAGGGGGGUUCUGGGGGUCCAAAGGUCACGCUGGUGGUGGGAGGAAGGAGAGGCAGUGCAAGCAGUGGCAUUCUGAACAAUCGAAGAGGCAGCAUCUGCAGCGACACACUCGUAUCGGGCGCGGAGAAUGGAGAGUUCUCCUCCGGCGGGCGACGAGGAAGUGACGAAGGGGAAAGAAGAGGCGGAGGAAAUGUUCAUUUUGCUGAUGACAAGAACAGCAUCUUUACGAGUACCAGUUACGCCGCCAGCAGGGGACUGCAAAGGAGCCCCUCGCCCAACCUCCUCCCUUCAGGCAUCGAAUUCCCGCAGCCGGUGGCCCCUCCCAGGGCCAAGGGCGCGGCAGCCACGCUCUCCUCGCUCUUCGCGCCCUCGGCGGCGAAGGCGCCGGGCAUCAUCAAAUCCUCCUCGGAGAUCUUCAUCCCGGCUCCUGCCGUGACGCCGACGAAAGGCAUCCUCAAAUCCUCCUCGGGCAUCCUGAAGACGAAUAACGCAGGAGUUCCUCUCUCGAAGUCAUCCUCAGGAGGAACACUGUCUACGGGUAACAGAGUCAACUUCAGCGACAUUGUUUGCAAUAUGAACGGCGACGAGCCGGGGUUGCUCUCGCCGCCUGUGACUCCAGAGGCUCCAACCGGCAAAGGCGCCAAAGCUCCAUCGUCCUCCUCCUCCUCCUCCUCCGCCUCUCUCUCCAAAGUCGCUGUUCCGCAGUCGUUGUCUGCGACUGCUGUCACUGCAAACACGCCCUCCGACCCCGCACCUCUUUCUUCUUGCAGCACUGCAACGGCGCCCUUGACCGUUGGGUCACCAUCAGGUGCGUCAUCGCCAGUGUCUGGCCCUCCUCCUCCGCCCUCGCCUCCGCCCGUGGCUCCUCCCAGAACCCGCUCGCAAACAAACCCGCCUGUUUGUGGCUCGACGGGACGGGUAGUGACGCUGCAGAUUGACGAGAAAGUAAGCCCGACCCAACAACAGGUUCCCCAGAGAAGGAAACCUGAAAGCCAGUUGCAUGCAACCCCUCACCCACAAGCACAAUAUUCACAGCAGAAAAAUUCCCAGCCAAAAGCAAACCAUCAUCCACAAACAAAGGAAGCCUCGUUGCAGCAGCAGCAGCAGCAGCAGCACAAAGAGACCCAGAAUGCACAGCACAAAGAGGCAGACAGAAAUGCUCCUCCUCAACAGCAAGUAAAGCUCUCGCAGCAGAAGGGAGAGAGGAAUGACAGUCGAGCCACUUCUCAUGGAAAGUUCCAGCAGCCGAAAGAAUCCGACUCUCAGGCAAUCUUGAAAUUAAAACAGCAAAACCAGCAGCAACUUCAGCAGCAGCAACAGCAAGAAGCCGAGAAACAAGAAAUUUUGAAAUAUCAACAGCAACAAAGACUGCAGCAGCAGCAGCAGCAGCAGCAGCAAAAGUCUCCUAAAACCAAAAUAAUUGAAAUCAAAAUUAAAAGAGAAGAAUAUGAGAACGAUCAGCAAUUUCAGCAGUUAAUCAGAGCAGGAUCACUUGGAAGUGGUGAGUCGGCUGCUAUACUUCAGCAGAGGAGCCGCUCACCGUUGCCAUCCCCUAAAAGAGCAAAUCAUACCAAUGGUCUUAAUGAGAAGCAAGUCAUAACACCCGUAACUGUUGAGGCAACUUUUAAUUCAUCAUCAGAAAGGAAGAUUUGUUCCUUCAAAUCACAAGAAUGCUUUGCUAGUGAAACAAGCACUGAAUGUUCAAAACCUACAAGCAGAUCCAGUAGCCAUGCUGGUGUAAGGAAAAGCAAAGAAACUGAGAGUAUUUCCAAGGGUGAUUCAUCAAGCAUUGCCUCGACAACAGUUGCUCCUUUAGAAACAAGAUCAGGGGUCAUUCGUGCAGCAGCGAAAGCAUACACUCAAAAUUUCCAAUCUUAUUCAUACUCAAGUUACUUAACAAAAACUAGGAAAGAUUCCCUCACUUCCAAGGAGCCUUCUGUAACAGCCAAAGAAGCUCAAGAGGGUUCUUCAGAUGCAAAACUACCUCUAAAUUCUAAAGUUACUAAUAACACUUCAGGCUCACCUGAUUCUCCCUCUCUUGCUGCUACCUCUUCUAAUUCCUCAGUGAAAACCAAUGCAAAAACAUCCACUGUAAAGAUUGUUGUGCCUAUUCCACCAUUUAUAUCAUCUCAUGAUAUCAAAGGAUCUCUAGCAUCAGAAGACCUAAAAUCUUCAAAAACUGGAACAGAAAAGUUUAUUUCUUUAAAAUCCUUAAAAAAGUUAGAUCAAUCCAAAGAAAAUCCUGAAAACUUUGGUCAGAAAGCAUCAAACGCAAAGCCAAGCAAUAGUACAGUGAAGUCCUUGGUUAACAAACAAGACUUACAAAUUCAUAAUACAACUACAAAGCCAUCUGUCAACCAGAAAGAGCUUGUUAAAACAACAAGAGAGAAACCCAUCAACAGUAGCAGUAACAUUGCAGGCUCUUCACCUCCUUCAGUUAAAAGUGGUCAUACAAAUACUCCAGCACCCCCUCACAAAAGGGAUAGCAAAGCUCUGCCCCCUCUUUUGUUAAACUUAAAAUCAACUUUGGCUGACAAAAUGAAGGGUAGUAGUGAAGGGGCACUAUUAGUAGCAUGUAGGGUUGCUGAAGAGGAUCAGAUCUUAAGGUUAUUGAAGGAGCUAACAGCAACAGGAACACUAGAUCCUGCGGCACUAAAUCAGACUGAUCGUUCAGGAAGGACUUCGCUGAGUUAUUGUUGUGCGAACGCCUACUUGAGGAUUGUGGAGAGUCUGACGUCCAUGAGACUGGAUAUUAAUAAACCGGACACAGAUGGUAAUACGCCUCUUCAUUUCGCCUCUCAGGCAGGUCACACGGAAAUUGUGUCGCACUUGGUGAACAAAUGCAACCGGACAGUCGACCUGGACGCUCGUAAUGCCCUCGGAUUUACUCCGCUGAUGAAGGCUGCCCUCCAAGGCAGAACCAAGAUCGCUAAGAUACUAUUAUUUGCCGGAGCCUCCCCUCACCUUCGGGACUUCGGGCGGGGAUUAUGCGCCGUGGAGUGGGCUCGGUACACAGGGCGCCACAUCUGCUCCGAACUCAUAGACAGCGUUCAAAAGUCCUGCUCCAGCCACAUUCGGGACAGAUGGACCAGCGACCCAGAUCUCAAGUCACAUUCGAGCACGUCCCUGAACACCUUGGGACAAGGAGAUAACAAGGACUCGUGGAUUAAACACAAGAUAAAAAAGGCUUUCCACAAGUCUGAAUCGAAAAAAGAGUUCAGCGUGGUGACCAACUUAUCAACAAUGGCUGUGUGCGCCACUUCGCCCUUAUUGCCAACAGCAGUGACGCAGGAGGCGAAACCUCACCAAGUGGUUGUACCUCACGUUCAGAUAACCGAAGUGAAGGUUCCAGAUUGCUAUGAAGACCCUGAAGACGCCCUCAGCCAACUCCCUCCUCCUCCACCGCCUCCAAUUCUAGUCACCGAAGAACCGUCUCCUACUAAAUCGCCGAAGAAACAAUCCAAAAACACCGGCUCCUCCUCCUCCUCUCCCUCCCCCACCCCCUCCUCCUCUUCCUCUAACGCCCCAGUCGUCACCACCCAAGAGAGUGCCUCGUCAUCUUCCACCGCAUCUGCUGCAGCGACUGCGUCUGGCUCCUCGACGACCCCACCAGCAGCAUCAGCAGCAGCAUCAGCAGCAGCAGCGUCGUCCUCUUGUGCUUCUGCCGUUACGUCUACAACAGCAGCUUCCACCUGCCCUUCCCCCUCCUCCUCCGUCGUGGAGGAGACCCAAGGUGUUGGGGCAGAAGGAGGUUCUGGUGAUGCCAAGAGCAAUGGCACUGCCAAGUCUAUUGUCUCUUCCAAUAAAUUGCCUUUUUCCAGCAACAAAAAGAGAAAGUAGAGAGUCGCAGUGCGCACACGUACUGACAAGCGUAGCUUUCUGAUCAUGGAGACCAUAUUUAUUAUUUAUGAUAAUAAUAUUCAAGUUCACUUCUCUGACUGCUUCACCACCUGGGGUGGGGGCGGAGGGGAAAUCCCCUUGAUUCAUCUUUGAACAGUUUAGGGCCGAUCGUUUAAUAUAUAAUGGCCCGCUUUUCGUUUCCAUUACUGAUAUUAGAACUGUUAAAAACCUUUCUUAUGAUAGUACCUACAAUGAUGGUGUCUUAUAUUGCCUAAGAAUUAACUGUUAAUGUUGAAUAGAAUAAGCAACAUAAUUUUCUGAAUAACUUCCGCGUGGAACGGUACGAGUUCGUUCACUCAAACCACCAAAUGUCCUCCGGGAUCCUCUUCUGCUCAGCGAGUAUUUGAACACACUCAAAGGUGGCCGGUUUUUGACUGUGAUAAGUUUAUGCAGUAGGUUAUGUGCAAAUAUCUAUAUCUGUAUUUCAGUUGUACUCCACAUAGGAAAAUGAAAAUGGUUUAUCUCAGAAAAUGCCCAACAAUUUCGUCCUCCAAUGGACCUUAAUAAACGCUCCAAGAAGUGGUCAAUUGGAGGACGAAACUGUUAGGCAUUUUCUGAGAUAAACCAGUUUCAUUUUCCUAAGUGGAAUACAACUCAAUUACCAUAUCUUUGUGCCUAAGAAGAUUACCAGUAAUAUAUUUGUAUCUUUAUACAUACCUAUAUACAUAUAUAGAUGUAUAUAUAUAUAUAUAUAUAUAUAUAUAUAUAUAUAUAUAUAUAUAUACAUAUAUUGUAU